GAGAGGAGCAGGGACAGUGUGGACAGUGGUCUCUUACAGAACAGCGGGCUAGCUGGCCAUGGAGCCUCUGAGCCUGGUGGUCCUGCUGGUUUCGGUGGGCAGUUUCCUCUCCUCUCAGUGGCUGUUUCACAGAGGGAGCCCCUGGCUGUCUGAGCGGCUCACUCCAGCUUUCCUCACACUCAAUCACACUCAGAGAACAGAGUGGAACUCCAGGGCCGUUUCCACUGUGCAUGCCUUGGUGGUGGGACUCCUUUGUCUCUAUAUACUGCUGUUUGAUGAAGCAGUCAAGAAGGACCCAGUCUGGGGUGAUCCAACACUGGUGAAGCUGAAUGUGGGCAUAACCACAGGCUACCUCAUCUCAGAUCUGCUGCUGAUGCUCUAUUUCUGGGAUUUCAUAGGAGAGAAGUAUUUUGUCAUACAUCACCUUGCUGCUCUUUAUGCCUAUUACUAUGUGCUGAAUCAGGGAUUAUUGCCCUACUUUGCAAAUUUCCGGCUGCUCUCGGAAUUUUCCACCCCCUUUGUGAACCAGCGAUGGUUUCUUCAGGUUUUGGGUUACCACAAGCUUUCUAAGCAAAGCCUCGUGAAUGGCGUAGCUAUGGCCUUCUCUUUUUUCCUGGUGAGGAUUGCAGUCAUUCCAGUCUAUUACAGCCAUAUGUACUCUGUGUACGGGACAGAAGCUUUCUACAGGCUCCCCCUCGGGGCCCGCAGUGCCUGGCUCCUUUGCAGCCUCUGCCUGGACGUCAUGAACGUCAUGUGGAUGCGCAGGAUCCUCCGAGGCUGCCUCAAAGUGCUACGCUCCAGCCGAUGCCAAAAAGCAACAAUGAAAAUGGGGAGUAGAAAGAUGGACUAAGAGAGAGAAAGAAAUGAUGCCAAACAGAAACCAUCCAUCACGUGUGUCCAUCCUCCUCAUUUCAGACUGUUUUUAAUAAUAAUGGAUAUUUAUGGAUAUAUGACUCCUACAUUGAUCAGACAUAACAUUCU